AUGCACACUCCCAUGGCGAGCUCCCCAUGCCGCCGCCUGGCCAUUUCAGUUCUACUACUAUCGUGCUUCUUCCUUCUCCCGCUUACCCAUGCAAGCAGGCUUCUCCUUGCCGCCGCCGCCGUCAAUGACAGCAAAUCAUUUUCCAUCAGAGCCGGCGGGAGUGGGGAGGGCGGUGGCCGCGGUUUCGGCGUGAGCAUCAGCCACGGCGGGCACGACACGUCAAUCGGCAUCGGUGGCGGGUUCGGAGGCGGAGCCGGCACUGCCCGUGGCGGCGGCGCGAGCGCGGGGGGCGGAGCGGGUGCUGGUGUUGGCAUCGACGUUGGACAUGGCGGGGUCGAUGUCGGGAUCGGCGGCGGUGGAGGCGGUGCGGUUAGCGCCGGCGGUGUGCAUGCCGGCGCCGGUGGUGGAGGCGGUGUUGGUGUUCACAUAGGCCGCGGUGGAGUGAGCGUGAGCACCGGUGGUGGCGGCGGUGGCGGCGGAGGUGCGGACGGGGGAAGCGGUGGAGGCGGUUAUGGUGGUGGCAGUGGUGCUGGACGCUCUGGCAACACGGUGGGGAGCGGCGGAGGGUACGGAGGUGCGAGUGGUAGCGCCGGAGGUGGAGCAGGCAGUGGAGUUGGGUCAGCCGGCGGAGCUGUUGGCGGCGGCUCUGGAGGUGGUGGUGGCCAAGGUUGA